AUGAGCGCGGAACCGGAACGGGCGUCCGCGUCCCAGCCCGUGUGGGAGCGGCCCUGGUCGGUGGAGGAGAUCCGCAAGAGCAGUCAGAGCUGGUCGCUGGCGGCCGACGCGGGCCUAUUACAGUUUCUACAGGAAUUUUCACAGCAGACUAUAUCCAGGACUCAUGAAAUCAAGAAACAAGUGGAUGGACUAAUUCGGGAAACUAAAGCCACAGAUUGUCGCCUGCAUAAUGUCUUCAAUGACUUCCUUAUGCUGUCUAAUACCCAAUUCAUUGAGAAUCGUGUCUAUGAUGAAGAAGUGGAAGAACCAGUACUCAAGGUUGAGACUGAAAAAGCAGAACAGGAAAAGACCCGGGAGCAGAAAGAAGUAGAUCUAAUUCCAAAAGUCCAAGAGGCUGUGAACUUUGGCUUACAAGUAUUGGAUAGUGCAUUUGAACAACUUGAUAUUAAAGCAGGAAACUCAGAUUCUGAAGAAGAUGAUGUUAAUGAGCGGGUGGAAUUGAUCCUUGAGCCAAAGGAUCUUUACAUUGAUCGUCCUUUACCUUAUUUGAUUGGGUCCAAGCUAUUCAUGGAACAGGAAGAUGUAGGUCUUGGAGAGCUGUCUAGUGAAGGCUCUGUGGGCAGUGACCAUGGUAGUAUUGUAAACAGUGAAGAAGAAAAUGAUGAGGAGGAGUCAGAUGAAGAUUUUGUCGAUCAUAGUGACGAUGAUCAAAACCAGCACAUUGUACAAAUGAGUGAUGAUGAAGAGGAUGAUGAUGGCUGUGAUAUUUUUGCUGAUUCUGAGAAGGAAGAAGAUAUUGAAGACCUUGAGGAAAAUGCCAGACUUAAAAUAAAUAAAUCUACAUCAUUUGCUGAUGAACUGGCAGCUCGUAUAAGAGGAGAUACUCUGAACCAUGAAGAGAAAAAAGCUACAAUUUUGUCCUCAGGAGAAGCAAAACCUCAAAAGAUAUCAAAAGAGAAAGAGAGGAGAACUCCCUCAGAUGAUGAAGAUGAUAACUUGUUUGCACCUCCCAAGCUGACUGAUGAAGAUUUCUCACCAUUUGGUUCUAAAGGUGGCCUGUUCAGUGGAGGGAAGGGCCUUUUUGAUGAUGACGAUGAAGAGAGCGACCUCUUCAAGGAAGCCCCAUUGGAGUCAGAAGUUCGAGCAUCUGUUAAUGAAGCAUCUUCAUCCUCCAAACCUGGAAAGAAAAUCCCAGCAGGAGCUGUUUCUGUAUUUUUAGGUGAUGCUGAUAUCUUCAGUGACCUUUCUGCUCCAGCAACAAAGGAACCCCAGAAGCCCAAGAUACCCACACCUAGGAAGGGCUUAUACCCCCCAGCACCUGCUGGCCUCUUUGAUGAUGAAGAUGACAAUGAUGAUGACGACAACGAUGACUUCUUUGCAACUUCCUCCAGCAAGCCUCCUAAGACAAACAAAGUCAAAUCCACAGCCAACAUAUUUGAUGAUGAAGAAGGUGAUCUAUUCAGUGAAAAAGCAACAACUUUGCCAGAUGCUACUGUGAGUCAGAUGGAAGAAAAUAAAGCAGGCACAGAACAAAAGGAUUUGUUCUUUUCUCAACCUGUGAGUAAGUUAAAAGAUGUUCCUGUUUUGCCCAGCAAACAGCCUGUGUUAGACUCCCUUUUCGAUGAUGAAGAUGAAGAGGAUAAUCUUUUUGGGACUACAGCUGCUAAGAAGCAGGCAUCAUUUCUACCACCUCAGAGCAAAGAGAAAACAAAGCCCUCUGAGGUCCUCCAAAAGAAAACAUCUGCUUUAUUGUUCAGUAGUGAUGAGGAGGACCAGUGGACUAUUACUGAUUCACAGACCAACUCAGCCUCUGCCAACAGGUCUAAAGGAGAACUUAAAGACCCUGCCAUCACCAAAGCCCAGGAGGCAAAGGAGGUGAAAAAAGCUAACUCCUUUGAGAGUAAUGAUGAAGAUGAUCUGUUUGCUAUUGCUAAAGAUAGCCAAAAGAAGUCCCAGAGAGCAUCUCUCCUCUUUGAAGAUGACGCUGAUAGUGGAAGCUCUCUGUUUGACUCUCUUCCCACACCGGUUCCUCCUGCAAAGACGGAAAAACUUUUUAACAGUUCUAGUCAGGAACCAGUCAAUUCUGAUUUAUUUUCUUCAUCAUCUCCUUUGGACAGAGGAACCAAAACUAGAACAAAAACUGUUCUUAGCUUAUUUGAUGAGGAAGAGGAUAAAACAGAUAAUCUACACCACAUCCAACCUUUAAAGAAAGAAGCAGGAAAGAGUCCUGAUCCUGAUACCCGUCCUAAGAGCACAGGUGUCUUUCAAGAUGAAGAGCUGCUUUUUAGUCACAAACUCCAGAAGGACAAUGACCCAGAUGUUGACCUUUUCGCUGGCACCAAGAAAACCAAGUUAUUAGCACCAAAUGUUGGGAGCCUGUUUGGGGAUGAUAAUGAUGAUGAUGAUGAUGACGACGAUCUUUUCAGCUCUACUAAGUCCCAGUCUUCGAUACAGGAGAAGAAGAAGAUAGUGAAAAAAGAUAACCAUGUUCCAUCUUUAAAGAAUCAAGAACAUCUUGAACGAAAUCAGGGUAUCAAAGAAAAAAGCGUAUGGAAACUGGAAACACCUCAGGACUCACCAGAUCCCACUUCAUUUAAAACUAAAGAGCCGACCUCCCGGAUCUUGAAAAUACAAGCAAAUUUAGCAAUUGACCCUGAAGCCUUGCUGCCUGGCGCAACCCCUCAGAUGUCUGGAGUGAAGCCUGUUUUGCCAGAAUUGGGUUUCCCUUCAUCUGAACCUGGAAGAAUUCACAGUCUGGAACGUAUGUCCACUGUUCCUGAUAAUAGGGAGGACGGUGUGAGUUUUGAUCUUCCAGCUCAGGCAGAUACCUUGCACAAUGCAAACAAGAAUCGUGUCAAGGUGAGAGGGAAGCGCAGACCACAGACCCGUGCAGCUCGGCGGUUGGCUGCCCAGGAAUCCAGUGAAGCUGAGUACAUGAGUGUCUCUAGGGCACAGUUAUCUGAUGAUUCCCUUUUACCAAAUGCCUGUCAGCCGCAACUUAGGACAGCUGAUGGAGAGAAUAGUUCUGAGGAUGCCUUGGCAACUGCCACUCCAGCUUGGACUGGUGAUCAGGUGUUUGGAGUGGACAGAAAACCCUUUGUGAAAUCACAGGGACAGCCUCUUAAAGAUGACUUAUUUGAUUCUGGUGAUAUCUUUUCCACGAACACUGACUCUCAGUCCACUGGGAGAACAAAAGUGAAUAUGAAGGCUGCAGAUAAUCCAGUCAAUCCUCCUGGGAGACUUAAAGAAAAGAGCCCCAUGUUUUCUGCUCUAAGUGAGACAAGCAGCGAUGAAGAUCUCUUUCAGUCUGUUAAACCAAAGCCAGCAAAGAAAACUAUUUCCUUCCCUUUCCUGGCAGAUGAGGACGAUCUCUUUAUAGAGCAGAAAAGCACGAAGACUGUAUCAAAAUCCUGUAGUCAGCAAGAUGUUAUCUCCAAAACUCAAGAUAUUUUUGAGGAUGAUAUAUUUGCCACAGAAGCAGUUAAACCCUCACAAAGAACAAAAGAGAAGGAAAGGAAAUUUGAAUCCAACAUAUUUGAUGAUAACAUUGAUAUCUUUGCCGACUUAACUGUAAAACCAAAAGAAAAGUCCAAAAAGAAGGUGGAGCCCAAGUCUAUAUUUGAUGAUGAUAUGGAUGAUAUCUUCUUCUCUCCUGGGGUCCAGUCUAAGACAACCAAAGCAAAAGGUCAAUCUUCACAGGCAGCACCCGAAGCGCAAACGGAACAAAAAGUGUCCAAUAUAUUUGAUGAUCCCUUGAAUGCCUUUGGAGGCCAGUAGAGCAUGAGCUAUCUCACCUUAACUUUUGGCUGCAUCCUUGAAUUAAUGUUAUUAUGCUUAUUGUCUUAAUGAAAUGAUAAUAAACAAGUAAUCUUCUAACCUUC